GUUUUAGAAGAUCUUGACCAAACCUAGAGAUAGAUAUAGUCAUGGUGGAUGAGCAUGAUAAAUUGUUGCCCGUUGCAAAUGUGGGUAGGAUCAUGAAAAGGAUCCUACCACCCACAGCUAAAAUCUCCAAAGAAGCCAAGGAAACUAUACAAGAGUGUGCUUCAGAGUUCAUAAGUUUUGUUACCGGGGAGGCAUCUGACAAGUGUCAUAAGGAAAACCGCAAGACGGUGAAUGGAGACGACAUUUGUUGGGCUCUUGGGUCGCUAGGGUUUGAUGACUACUCACAGGCCAUUGGAGGCUACUUGCAUAAGCAUAGGGAAUUUGAGAGGGAGCGAGCAUCAGCAGCUGCUGCUUCCUCAUCAGCAGCCUUAGCUGCUUCAAACCAGAUUCAAAUAGCAAACAGCAUCGACCAAGCAACUGUUGGCUGUAAAGGGCAAUUGUCUUAUCCAGCCAAUUCACCACUAGAGUUCAGAUCACUUAUGGAGAAAGGGCAAACUUCUCACACAGAGCCUCUAUGAACAUAUAUGUAACCUUGGUUAUCUCUUAUUUUCAGAUCUAAAAGCUUCAAUUUAUUUGCAACUGUUGAUUUCCAUGAACGAAUCAGUCAAUGAUGGACCUGUUUAUCUGUGAACUUGCGCGUGUUCACCGCAAAGCUUUUUCAAGUUCUCCUACUCUUUCCCUCUCCAGCUCUCCAUUUCACAACACACA